AUGCCGCCCUUUAUCGACUACACCUCGCGCACGACCUCUGCCAAGACCCAGCGCCGCUCGAUGGACGCUCCGAGCCCUCCCACGAGCGACCCCGAGCCCCCCUCAUCGCCGCCCCACUCCGAGUCGACGACGACGUCGCCGACCUCGGGCGAUCCCUCACCCGCACCGCUCGACGACGACACGCAGCAGCACGCCGCACCGGCCACGACGCGCAAGAGCCACGAGCACGACCGGCCGCCGCCGCCGGCGCUCCUCGAGGAGGCGCAGCGGGGAGGAGGCGUGCCGAACCGCCGAGCGUCGCAGUCGAGCCGGCGCACGGCGAGGAGCGCACGCGCGCAGCGCGUCGACGAGGAGGACGACGAGGACGAGGACGACGACCACCACCACCACCACCACCACCACCAGCCGACGACCCUCUUCGCCGCGCGCACGACGUCGACCGCCCCAGUGCGCAAGCUCUCGCGCAGCAACAACGGCUUCGGCGCCGCCGAGCAGCAGCACCCGCCGGGCCCGCGCAAGCUGCGCCGCAUGUCGCACGGCGCGUACUACGCCGCCCCGAUGUCGGCGUCGAGCCCGCCCGCGUCGCCCGUCACGGCGCACGCGCACGCGCAGGGCCACGGCGUGGGUCCCGGCGGCGCGGCGGUGAGCCCGCGCAGGCUGCCCGGGCAGGUCAUCGCGAGCCCGAGGGGGAGCGAGUCGCGGGAUGAGCUUGCUGGGCACGGGCACGGGCACGGGCACGGGCACGGGCACGGGCACGGGCACGGGCACGGGCACGGGCACGGGCAGGGGCUUGGGCGCGAGGGCGACAAGGGCGCGGCGGCGAGGAUCGAGCGCGAGGCGAGGGGGAACGAGCGUGUUGCGGCGAGGACGGUGGACCCGGCGGCGGCGAGGGAGCGCGAGGGCGGCGGGCCGACGUUGCGGGCGCCGAGCUUCGGGCCGUACGUGUGCGAGCUCGAGGACCAGGACGACGAGGUGACGCCGCAGGACCGGCACUACGUCGCGCGCAUGCUCGCCAACCUCGAGCUCCAGCACGAGUUCUCGGCCCUGAGCCAGAUCGGCACCCUGAGCGCCUACGGCUCGCCCUUCCUCCCCUUCGCCAACGGGCCCAACUCGCGCCCAGCGUCGGCCCCCUCACCAAAACCCGCCUCGCGCUUCUUCGGCCUCCUCCCCGGCUCGUCGUCGUCGUCGUCCAAGCCCGUCCUGCGCGACGCCCAGUUUGUCGGGUACGAGUGGGACCCGGCAAAGGUGGCGAGGUCGCCCCUGUGCGCGUACCUGUUUGAGCGGUUCGUGCACCAGAUGCCUGGGUUGAGGAGCGCAAAGGACGAGUACUGGGGCGAGCACUGGCAAAAGUUCAUCGACGGGUUCGCAGAGUGCGACUUGAGCUCGACGGUCGAGCGGGGCGAGAUCACGAAACGCCGCCUCCUCUCGAUGGGCAUCGUCCGCCUCCUCGGCACCUACACCUCGUCGGCCCUGCCGGCCGUGCCCGGGCCCGCCGCACCCGCCCGCCCGAGCGCCGGCAUGAUGCGCCUCCUCGACGUACUCGUCGGCGGCGGCGGCUCGAUGGACCAGCUCGCGAGGACGCUCCUCGGUGAGCACGGCGGCGAGGCCAACUACAACGCGUGGGUCGGCGUCGUCGAGAACGAGGCGCACACCAAGGAGCCUACCUACCACCUCCUCACCCAGCCUCUCGCGUCGGCGCACCCUCUCGUCUACAGCCUCGUCCCUCAGUCUGCCUUCGUCGGCCUGUCGGACGCCCUGCACUCGAUCGACCCGCACGGGCGCCUCGCGCUCCCUGCGCUCCCCCUCGCCGACCCUCGCCGCUCCGCCUCGUCCUCCUCGCCCUCGUUGCCUUCCGCCUCCUCCUCCUCGCCACGCUCGACAGCAGCACGCGACGUCCAGACCUGGCUCCGCUGGGUCGUCCUCGCCCUGUCGCACCCGGCCUCGACGGUGCGCUUCCCGUCCGACGACGCGCUCCUCGACCGCGCCCGCGCCGCCCUCGAGCGCUUCCUCCUCUCGUCGUCGUCGUCGUCGUCGUCGUCGUCGGGCAAGGUUGACGCUGCGGCGCUGCGCAGGCGGGUCGAGAACGAGGACGCGAGGGCGGACAAGGGCGCCGAGGAGUGGGCGAGGGUCGGCAGGAGGGCAAAGGCGCUUCGGACGACGUGGGUCCGGUACCGAGGGGCGCUCAUCCGAGGAGGCGAGCUCGACGAGACGAUGAAGCACGUCAAGCGCUGCUCGGCCGUCAAGGACCUCCCGCAAGAGUACAAGGACGCCGAGGAGUGGGCCCUCAUCUACGUCGCGCAAGCUCUGCACUACAUCUUUGUCGGCGCCGCGACUGGGCCUGAGGUGCUCAACAUCCUGCGCAGCUUCCACGAGCUCAUCCCGUAUCGCGCAAUUCAGCUCGGCCUAAGCCUCGUCAACCCGACCCUGGCGAUCCGGGCCAUCGUGCAGCUCAUCCUUGGCCAGCCAGCCGGCCAGCUGUCCCUCUUCCAGCGCAUCUGGUCGCACGUCUGCAACAGCGCCAAUAAGCACCAGCGCGCCCUCAUCAAGCAGUUCCGCGCCAAGCUCGGGCACGACAGCCUGUGCGACACGCUCAAGGCGCACGUCGCCGAGGGCUACGUCGCGAGGCAGCGCACCAAGGCGUCUGCAAUCGCCAAGGACGAGGACAUUGUGCUCACCAUCGUGCGCGAGCGUGGGACUCGGGACGAGCAGGCGCUCGUCGAGCGGUGGCACCAGGCGUUCGUCGACGCCGGCGAGGACCCGACCAAGAGCGCCGAGGCGGGCUCGUUCGCCGACCUCAAGGAGCUGCUCGCCGCCUACUACCGCUUCCGCGACCGCGAGCAGGUCCUCAACAUUGCGCUCGAGCCCAACACGCCACGGCUCCUGCACGCGAGCAUCGCCGUCUUCUACUCGACGAUCCACGCCGUCGCCAACGCGAGCAAGCUCAGCGACCGCGUCGGCGACCUGCAGCUGUUCCUCAACGACUUGGUCAAGGUCGCGACGAGGAUGGGAGAACCGCACGAGUUCAUCUCGCUCGCAAGGCGGCACCACCAGGCGCUGUACUUCUUCGUCCACGAGCUCGCGGCCAACGGCGGCGACCUGCUCGACCCGAUCCUCGGCUGGGCCAAGGACGGCCUCGCCUUCCUGCGUGACGGCGCCAAGCCCCCUUCGACGUCCUCGUCCUCGUCGUCGUCCUCGGCGGCACCGCGAGCCGGCGCCGACGUCGAUGCGCUCCUCGAGCGAGCUGGCGACAAGGACGCCGCGGCCGUCAAGACCGAGGCGCGCGCGUUCGCGAGGUGGACCGCCCUGCGCAAGGCGCAGCAGGACCUCGAGCUGCGCGUCGACCUGAUCCUCGCGUCGCGGUCGUCCUCGUCGUCGUCGAACGGCGACGCGCACGGCGCCGUCGAUGACCUCGACGCCGCCGCCGCCGACCUCGACAAGACGGCGCUGUGGUCGCGCUUCCUCGGGUUCGUCCCUCUCGCGCCGGGCGCGCGCGCCUCGUUCGCGGCGGCGGCCGACCGGCAGCGGCGCGAGCUGCACCGCACGGGGCCCGGCGGCGACCUCGAGUGGGCGGCGUGGUGGGCCGAGCGCGAGACGGCGGGCGCGGCGGGCAAGGAGGGCGUCGUCGUUGCGCAGCGCGAGGCGGCGCGCGAGGCGCUGAGCCCGGUCAGCUCGAGGGCGACCAAGGGCUCCUCGGCCAAGGGCGGCGUCAAAGGCGCCGGCGGGGAGCGCACGCCGCGCGUGUCGCUGUCGCACGAGUUUGAGCGCAGGAUCGAGGCCGAGCUGGCGGUGCCGAUGCCGUCGAGCGAGGCGACGAGGUGCCUGCUUGACGGCUAUGUGGCCCAGCUCGAGAAGACGCUGAGCAAGAGGAGGUAGAGAGGGAGUCUCAUUGUGUAGCCUUGCAGCACUGUAUCACUCACGCACCAUCC